AUGUCAGCCGAGCAUUUUUCUACGUUAAUGACGUCGCUCCAAAAACAGAAUGCCGACAUGUGUGAGCGGUUGAUACGCGAAGUGCGUUCAUCAACCCCCCUGGCGGGGGGAGCUUCAUCGCCUGUACAAGCUGGGAACAAUGGAAACUUUUCUAAGUGUUCAUCGCGGUACAGCGGCGCGUCAAAUGAAUGCGUGGAAGGCUUCAUAGACGCUAUACAAGUGUAUAAGAGUUGCCUACAAAUAACGGAUGACAACGCUGUGAAAGGGCUGUCUAUGCUCUUAUCGGACAAGGCUGCGUUGUGGUGGCAAGGCGUAAGGAAGUCAGUUGCGGACUGGGAUGAUGCGAUUCUUCGCUUGCAAUCUGCAUUCGGCGCCCGUCGGCCACCGUUUGUUAUCUACAGGGAGUUAUUUGCUCUUGCACAAAAAGAUGAAAACACAGAUAUUUUCAUAUCAAAAGUUCGAUCACUGUUUGCAAAGCUUCCGGAGGAGGAUUUAUGUGAACGUGUGGAGUUGGACAUGACUUAUUCCUUACUAGACCGCAGAAUCAGGAAAAGAUUAGAUCGCGACGAAAUCAAGUCUUUUGAUGACCUAUUGCGUAAAGCGCGGUCCAUCGAAGACUCGCUAAAAGAAAGCGAGCUUGUCCCAAGCAAAGGGUCUCAGGAAUUAAAAAGUAAGAAAACUCCCACUACAGUUCCUUCGUCCAGCACGCCUGUGCCAGCGGCUAACGUUCAGCGAGGCGAUUACAGCAAAACAGCUGAUACAACGGCGGGUUCGCCGGCGAAGGAGUCGACGACCUCAAGGCCGCGAACGCGUGUGUUUUGCGUUUAUUGUAAAAGCAAUAAGCAUGAUAAAAUCAAACGUGACUUCAAAAGAUUGUUUUAA